UUAUUGAUGCAAAAAAAUAGUAGAGCAUGCUAAGGUCCAUCGCAGUAAUCGAAAAAUCAGGAGACCGGGCUUUGCUAGCGGUAAAUAUUUAGAUUGUUUGGUAAUAUGUUAUAACUUAUAACUCUGAUACGCUACACAAUAUAUAGUCAGUAAGUUUGGAUUGAUAAGAUAAGAUCGAUAAACUAAACAACAAACAAAGAUAAAAAAAUAUUUUUUUUUUAUAAUUUUGAAUAUUUGUUACGUCUACGACGACGACUACUUUUUUCCAGUUAACGAACUCUUCGUCUCGGUUAACGUGCAAUCUGUGUACUUUUUUCCACAUUCAAUAGUCAUUACAACAGUACGGUAAAUCUGGAGGAGUUGGGAAAAUACUUUUCGGAGAAAUUUUUCACCACGGAUAUAAAGAAUAACAGUUGAUUUAAACUUUCAACGUAAUAUCUUCUAUAUAACUUUAUAUAUAGUUAGUGAAAACUUGUUUAACGAUACUAAAAGAAAGUAGGGGUUAUCAUUUUACAUAACUUAAGAUAGCAAGCCUUAUAGUUGAUGCGUCAAAGUAUAUCCAAUCGCCAAAGAGAAUGGAUCACAUACAUGAAAUCAGUUUCAACCAAGUUUACGACAGUAAAACAGUAAAAUUUUUAAACAAGGAAUUUUCAAGAUCAAAUCAUAAAUGUUAUUUAGAUCAUGCUGGAACAACAUUGUACAGUAAUUCUCAGAUUAAAAAAAAUUGUGAAAAGUUAAUGAAUAGUGUUUUUCCGAAUCCACAUACAGCAACUGGAGCUGGUAAUGAAACACUAGAUAUUAUUGAAAGAACUCGUCACAGAAUUUUGGAUUUUUUCAAAGCCACAUCUGAUGAGUACAGUCUUAUUUUCACAUCAGGAGCAACAUCUUCAUUGAAAAUCAUUGCUGAAACAUUCAAAUUUUCUAAUAAUAGUUCCUUUAACACAAAUACAACUGAAAAUGGUCAUUUUAUUUAUCUCCAAGACAACCAUACAUCAGUUUUGGGAAUGCGAGAUCUUGUUGUUCGUAAUGGAGCGAAAUUAACAUGUCUUGUAGACAAACAAGUCAAAGAAAUAUUCAACAACACGAGUCAUGUAAUAAAUGAAAAAGAAUCGGCGAGUAAUUCUUUAUUUGUGUAUCCUGCCCAAAGUAAUUUUUCGGGUUUUAAAUAUCCAUUGGAGUGGAUUAAUAAAAUAAAAAAUGGUGCUUUAGAUAAAACAACAAGUGGUUCGACGAAUUGGUAUAUUUUGGUCGAUGCUGCAGGUUUUGUUGGUACUAAUUCAUUAGAUCUUUCUAUUUAUAAGCCAGAUUUUAUUUGUUUAUCAUUUUAUAAAAUGUUUGGAUAUCCAAGUGGUAUUGGAGCAUUGAUUGUUAAAAAUACAAGUGCGAAUGUUUUGGGUAAAGUGUAUUAUGGAGGUGGAACGGUCAAUAUGGCUCACAGUGUAGAAAAUUUUCAUAUCAAAAAAGAAAGUUUAUAUCAAAGAUACGAAGAUGGUACACUCCCAUUCCAUUCGAUAAUUGCUCUUCAAUUUGGUCUAGAUAUUAUUUCGACAUUGACGAUUGAUAAGAUAUCAAAUCAUGUUUUUUCACUGUCAAAAUAUUUGUAUCGCUUAUUAUCAAGCCUUCGCCAUUUCAAUGGCAAUCCCGUUGUUAAAAUAUACGCGGACAGUGAUUAUAAAGACCAAAAAUUUCAAGGUGGAAUUGUGACAUUUAAUUUGUUACGAUCAAAUGGUGAUUAUGUUGGUUAUAUGGAAGCCCUACAUAUGGCAGAAUUAUACAAAAUUCAAUUACGAACUGGAUGUUUUUGUAAUCCUGGUGCUUGUCAAAGACAUUUAAAUUUAUCGAGCGAAGAUGUUAUGAAAAAUUAUAAUGCUGGAUAUAAAUGUGGUGGUGAUAAAGAUUUAAUUAAUGGGAAACCAACUGGGGCUAUUAGAGUAUCUUUCGGUUUUAUGUCGCAAGUUCUUGAUAUUGAAACACUCAUGUUAAUGUUAAAAGAAUGCUUUGUAGAUCGUCCAGAAAUUAGACAGAUACCGCAAAGUUCCGAAAACAACACAUCCUUGUUGUUGAAGCAGUACGAUCAAAAAGUAAUUAAGCAGAAAAUCAACAUGCAAAAGGAUACAAGUAAAUUAGUAACAAAAAAAAGUAAUGAAAAAAAGUUACUAAUAAAUGAAAAAAAACAUGACUGUGACAUACGAAAUGAACUAAAAUUAUCAAGAUUAUUUAUUUAUCCAAUAAAAUCAUGUGGUGCUUGGGAAAUAAAGAAGUCAUGGAUAUUAAAUUCAAAGGGACUUGAAUAUGAUCGUGAAUGGAUGAUAAUGACGUCAACGGGAGAAUGCUUAACACAAAAGCACAAUGUAAAUCUUUGUAAAAUAAAACCGACCCUAUGCCCCGAUAAAAACGCAAUGAAACUCGAUUAUCCAGGCAUGCCAACAGCGAUAGUACCAUUAAACAUAAACAUAAAUACAGAUAAAUUGUGUAUAAGUCGAGUUUGUGGCCACAUAGUUGAAGGCACUGAUUGUGGAUCAGAAAUAUCUGAAUGGCUUAGCCUUGCGAUUGGUCGACCGAAUUUACGUUUGAUACGACAAAAAAAAAUAACUGAAUUUCUUGAUAAUGAAAAAACAUCAAAGCUAUCAUUUUCUAGCCAAGCACAAUUUUUAAUGAUAAAUGAAGCGAGUAUUGAAUGGUUGAUUGAACAAUUACCAAAUGAUUCCGACUGUAACAAAGAAACGAUAUUGCAUAGAUUUAGAGGUAAUAUUAUUGUUGAAGGAGCUGAACCAUUUAAUGAGAUAAAUUGGAGUAAAAUUACUAUCGGAAAAAAUAUCUUUGAGGUUGAGGGAGCAUGUACUCGAUGUCAAAUGAUAUGUAUUGAUCAAGAAACUGGUGUAAAAACAAUUGAACCACUUCAAUUAUUAGGCAAAAAAUUCCAUGGUCGGAUAAAAUUUGGAAUGUAUCUAACAAAAACAAUGGAACAAAGUAAAUUUAUCAGUAUCAAUGAUCCUAUUAUUUGCACGUAAUGAGUUUAAAAUUGAUUUUACGUCCCAUCAACAAACUAAUAUUCAUGCGUUCUUGUCAAGUCAUCGUAUAUUGAGCGCAAUUUAAAGAGCAGUCGGAUUGUUUGAUAUCACAAUAAAAGAAAAAAAAUAUUAUAUAUAGCCUCUAAUUCGAGUGUGAACUGAUAAAUUAGAUAAUAAUACUCUAGAAUAAAUCAAUUAUGCAAUUUAAACACAAUAAUAUUGCCUUAACUAAAUUUUAU